GCUGUGCUGCUGGUUCAUAGCUGUGCACACUAGAUGUGCUGCUGUCUAAGGCACACCUGUCAAUUGAGUAAGAAAAAUAUGUCUGCCUUUAUUGCAGCUCUACUGGUAUUAACAGCAACGUCACAAGUUAUGGUCUCUGCGUGCAGACUUGAACAGCAACACGUUGUCCAAUGCUACGGAGCUUUGGGGAAAUCAGUCAUCAUACACCUGGGCAUUGACACUAAUGAUGUACAAAUAAAGAUGAAGACUGGAGAAAGGAACAUUCUAACCUAUAAAAAUGGCAUAAUAGCUCAUUCUCAACAUGCCAACCACUCAUGGUCUAUCUAUAAUGGGACAUUGAAGUGGGGCAGAGCUUUGAAAAAUGAUUCGGAGGAAUACACGGUAGAGGUCUUUAAUAAGGGUGGACGGCUUCAGUUGUUUCGCAAAAUAAAACUCAUCAUUCAAGCGCCCCUGUCUAAAGCGAUCAUAUCCCAGCUGUGCUUACCUCACGGAGAAAUCAGGGCGUCCUGUUCUUCGGACGGCGAUGUUACUGAGUACAACUGGACAUUGAGGGACAGGCCCCUGGACACAGGCCUGGCCUACCUGACAGAAGAGAUGGACACGGUCAUUCUGAGGAAGAAUGUGUCCGGCAACAUUACCUGCUCCGUCCAGAAUCAUUUCAGCAGCACAUUUACCACGGUUCAACUGUCUGCUUGCUCAGCGCCUCGAAUCUGCACUUUGCCAAACAAGGCAGAGGUUGCAGUGAGCGUGAGAGCCACAGAAACCUUUCAGUCUCUGUUGAUCAUCAGACAGGAUUUCAGCUCUGUUGGUGAGAGAGAGAAUAUAUCUGCAGUCUGUAGCAUCACAUCUCUCUCUCCAGAUCUGGGAAACGAGGAAAACAUAAACCAGCAUUCAGAUAAAGGAGCAACAUGUGUGGGAAUUGUCACAGUGUCUGUAGCUAUCUGUGCUGUCAUCACAGUUUUUGCACUGACAACAACAACAUACUGUCUCAGCCGAAAGAGAAACAGAACUGGGGUCACAGCUGAAGGUGACAAAAACACUCAGGAGCUGGUCUACACUGAGGCCUUAUGCCUCAAUAGAGCCAAGGGGGCGGGGAGGCUAGAGAAAGAGCCAGAGCCGAGGGUGAUUUACGGACAAAUUAAAGUUCCUGAUGAACCUGAACACUCGAAGCGGAGAGCCCAUGGCCAAGAGGAUGCCGUGUACACAAGACUUAAAAAAAAGAAAAAAAAAAGAAAAACGGCCAAUUACCGAGGAGAUGACAUACAUAGGAUAAGCCAAUCAAAAUAGGAUGUGACCAACAGUGCAAGCAACUCACAAAUAGCAUGUACAGUUGUUUUAGUUUUCUUCUUUUAAUGUUGUAUGUGUGACCUACCAUUGAAAUGACAUUUACUCAUUACAUAAGAAUAGUUAUACUAUGUAUUAUGAGAGCUUGCCGGUGUACAACUAUGAUGUAUAUUUUAGUACAAUUUGUGUUCACUGUCCCAUAUUGAAAUGGAAUAUUCAGAAAAUAUUUAAAAAUAUUACACACAUGCAUGACCACACACACACAAUUUAUGUUCUGCCCAUUUAUCAUUAUAAUUACUGUUAUUUAUGAAAAAUGUUGAGUGUCAAAAAUAUAUAUAUAUAUUAUUUUUUUCCUAUUUUUUCCUAUUAAGUGAUCUGGGCUGCAAGCCAUUUGUUAUAAUUAUUGCAGUUAUUAUAAUUAUGAUAAUUUUGUCCAGUCACAAAAUUUUAACAUUGCUCUUAUCUGAAAUGUGAAAACUGUAAAUAAAAUCUUUACUUUCUUCUACAA